AAGCAGAACUUAGAAGGAAUAAAGCCUCUUCAGAUAAACCAAUUAGAUUAUUUGAUUUGCUUUUAUGUUUAGAAGAUGAUAUAGCGACAAUUCAGGAAGAACUUGGUAUUGUCAGUUAUAUUAAUCAAGAAAUGGCAGAAGAAGCUGAUAAAAAUAUAAGAUGGGAUAAAGAAAUUUUGGUUUACUGGUGA